CUUCUUCUUCUUCUUCUUCUCUUUGUAUAAUAUUACAAUAAUGUUCGGAAGACAGAAAGACUUGUCCGAAGUCGAUCAGGCAAAAGAAACCUAUUCUGAAUACGAUUCUGAAAAGAUCGAAGCCGGAAGACACCAAGAGAGUAGCUACAACCCACGCGAAGAAGAACAUGAUCUCCAGGAAGGAAUCAGACGAGGACUUAGUGCCAGACACAUCCAGAUGAUUUCACUUGGUGGUGCAAUUGGUACUGGUCUCUUUUUGAACUCUGGUGGAAACAUUGCCACUGCUGGUCCAGCUGGUGCCUUGAUUGCUUACUGUGUUAUCGGUCUAAUGGUUUACUGUAUUAUGACCUGUUUGGGUGAAAUGGCUACCUAUAUGCCAGUUUCUGGUUCAUUCAAUCACUACGGUACUCGAUUUGUGGACCCUUCUUUUGGUUUUGCUCUCGGUUGGAACUACUGGUUUUCGUCUGUCACUAUUGCUACAGAACUUGCUGCCGCUGCUACAAUUAUUGAAUACUGGAAAACCGUCAUGCCUUCUGCUGUCUGGUCUACUAUCUUUAUGCUCCUGAUCAUGUCUCUCAACUUGAUCGGUGUAAAAUUCUAUGGUGAAAUGGAAUACUGGUUUGCAAUGAUCAAGAUUUUGAUUGUAAUUGUCUUUAUCAUUAUUGGUAUCUGUGUAUCAACCGGUGGUCUCGGUGACCAAGUUAUUGGUUUCAAAUAUUACCAUGAACCCGGUGCGUUUGUGGGCGGUGCUGUCGGUACAAUCAGUGUGCUUUUGUCUGCUGGUUUCUCUUUCCAGGGUACUGAAGUUGUUGGUAUCACUGCUGGUGAGGCCAAGAACCCUACAAAGACUGUUCCUCGUGCUAUCCGCAACACCUUCUGGCGUAUCAUCAUCUUCUACAUCUGCACCAUCUUCCUUCUCGGUAUCUGUAUUCCCAAUGACUACCCCGAUCUUACCGGUGGUGAUGGCAGUUCCGCCACUGCUUCUUUUACCAUCGUUUUCAAACUUGCUGGCAUUGAAGCCGGUGCCGAUGUCAUUAACGCCGUUAUUCUGACCAGUGUCUUGUCUGCCGCCAACUCCUCUGUCUACACUGCCUCCCGUACCCUUCUUGGUCUGUCUCGCGACAACAACGCACCCGCAUUCCUUUCCCGUGUCAACAGAUUUGGUUCCCCAUACCUGGCUGUCAUCUUCUCUUGCGUCAUUGGCUUUGCAUGUGUAUUUGUUUCUAUCUACAGUGCCUCUGAGGCAUUUGUCUGGUUCGUGAGCAUCACUGCCGUCAGUGGUUUCAUCAGUUGGGCUGGAAUUGGCUUUGUUCAUGUUCGUUUCAGACGUGCCUAUGUCCGCCAGGGUCGUGACAUCAAGGAACUUCCUUACCUUGCCCUCGCUUACCCUUACACCGGUAUCUUUUCUUGUGCGCUCUGUAUCUUGAUUGUCCUUGGCCAGGGUUACGGUGCAUUCACCCCAGAGUUUGAUGCCGUCACAUUUGUUACAAACUACAUUGGUUUGGUUCCAUUUUUCCUUUGCUACGUUAUCCACAAGAUCGUCAGACGUACCAAGGUUGUUCCUCUUGAUGAAGUUGACUUUGAAACCAACCGUGUCAGCAGAUUCGAGGUUGAGCAGGACGAAGCCGAAGAGAAGCGCAGAACUAUCUGGCAGCGCAUUAUGGACAUCUUCAUUUAAUUUUUUUUUAAAAAAAAAGAAUAACUAUACACACCUCUUCUUCUUCUUCUUCUUUACUAUUACUACUAUUCUUAUUUAUAUUAUUAUAAUUAUUAUUUAUCAUUAUGUAAUCUUCCUUAUUAAAAAAAAGAAAACCACACCCAUUCAUCUUUCAAUUGCUUUCUCUUUUUUCUAUCCUCAUUUUCAUAAUAGCUCUUGUAACAAUACCAAAAACAAAAACAAGAUAUUUACAAACCAAACC